CCAAUUCACCCACCCACCAUGGAGACAAUAGCCUAUGACUCUUCUGCUAAACUGCAGAAGCCCCGAGUCUCCCGUCAUGACAAGCGCAUGCACCUCAGCCCGCGUGGUGCCGACAUCAUCAUCUCCGGACACGACGACGGUCUUCACAUCCUCUGGAGAGGCGGCAGACCGCUGUCGCCUAGAUCGCGUACUGUCACCGAGCGCGUCAAGGACUUGUCAGGCGCACGAACUCAGCACACCGAGUGGAACCAGCUCAUCUCCAUCCACAGGUCCCCUGUCACUGAGGACGUUCCCGACCAAGACAAGCCGCGUUAUGAUGCCGAAGACGAAGAGCUGGAUGAAGACGAGCCAUACCCUUCCUUCACACAAGAGCUGAAGCUGUCAUUCGAUAGCCCUGUUCUCCAUUUGGCCCUGCCCAACAUUCCACAAGCUUCUUCCUCUCUGCAGUCCAAAGCAAGGGUGCCUCUUAUAGUCAAGCAACGCAUUGUUCUGGUUGUUGCGUGCGCCGAUGCUUCGUUGCGCCUGAUUACGCUGCCUCUCACACCUCCAUCGGCAUCUGCUAAGAGAAAUGGUCGACCGGGUGCUCAGAUCUGUGACCUCAGUCCAUCUGCUCCAUCCUCGGCCAUGGCUAAAGAUGUCGCCCUGACAUGGACGAGCAGCCCAAGCAUGUCCACCACUGACGAUCAAAUGGACCUAGACAACCCUCAACAACCUACCACAAAUGACGAAAAGCUCGAUCUGCUCGUCGCCUCUUCCACCUCGUCCCACCUCGAGACCCUCACCUUCUACCGCAUCCCCAUCGCCUUUAACGAUGUGACAGGCGGCAAGAUCCCGACUACUGUCGCUCCUUUCCACGCCGUACCGCUAUCAUCCUCCUCGCAGUGCCUCCGCUUCAGCACUGCCCAAUACNCCUCACGCCGUCAUUCACGUCUCUUAGUCGCCGAUAUAAAAGGAACCUUGAAGAUUUACGACCCUCUGGCACCAAAGGGUCGUCCUUUGUCUCGUGGUUCCACAGACGACACCUCUGUUGAAAACGGUGCCUGGAUCUCGGUUUUCAACACUGCUUUCCAGAUGCCAAAGGGCGCCACAAGUAACUACCCUGGCCUUGCUCAAAGGAGAAAGAUCGUAGAUGUUGCUUGGGUUUCCGGAGCCAGAGCUGCUCUGAUCUUGCUGGAUCGUGGUGAAUGGGGUGUCUGGGAUAUCGAUGCUGUAACGCAGAAAAAGAUGAACACUUUCGCUAUACAAGGCUUCAUCGGUAGUCCCGAUGCUGCCCCUGCUUCGGAACUCAAAUCUAGAUCUACACAGGGACUCGCGCCAUCGACACCCAACACUCGUCAGCAACGACAGGAAUCUCUCUUCGGUGCCUCAAAGCCUGCUGCUCCCGCAACGACCACAGCUAGAGGUGGCGUGUGUGCUGUUGCGACACCCGGCAGCCAUGGCUCGCUCGAUGACUCGAUUGUAUUGUGGUACGGCAGUGAGGCAUACCACAUCCCAAGUCUCGCAGCUCUCUGGCAACGCAGUCUUAACAGCAGCGGCAAGGAUAUCGGAUCUCUUUACGGACCAGGACUAUCGCACAUCGAAGGUCUUGAUCUUUCUGGUGAAAUUCUCAACGGUGUCACGCAAUUCCCCGUCCGAUCUACUGCGACCAACCUAGGUCCUAUGUCUCAACGCGACUUUGCAGUCACUGGCGAGUACCGACUGGUCAUCAUCCAAUCAAUGCGACCACAAACACCUUCAAAAUCACUGUUCGCACAAGCGACAGCUGGCGUGAGCAAUGGACCCAGAAUAUUCGACCAACAGUUACUCGAUCGCGGAGAGUUAGACCUUGGUGGCAUGGACCGUCUGCUCGACACUAUGAGCAGCAGAAACAAUGAUUUCGCGCCAGUCGCGGCCAAGAAACGAGUCGGAUUUGCUGGGUAG